AUGAUUCUGCCAGUGGUGUUCCUGUGUCUCACAGCUGUGCUGACUCCGUCCACUGGAGAGGAACCUGACGGUUUCGAUGCUCUGUCAACUAGCAAAGCAAGCCAGCAAAAGCUGAUUGUUGACAGACAUAAUACCCUCAGGAGAGGAGUAAAACCAACUGCCAGCAACAUGUUGAAGAUGGAAUGGUGUCCUCCAGCUGCAAAGAAUGCCCAAAAAUGGGCUGAUCGAUGUACUUUAAGUCACAGUCCUGCAAACAUGAGGACAACCACUGUACUAUGUGGUGAAAACCUCUUCAUGUCAUCUGCCCCUUUCUCAUGGUCAGUCGUUAUUCAGGCCUGGUACAAUGAGGAGAAAGACUUCGAAUACGGAACUGGAGCAAAAACACAAGGUGCUGUGAUCGGCCAUUACACUCAGAUGGUUUGGUACAAUUCUUAUCAAAUUGGAUGUGCUGUCGCUUUCUGUCCCAACAGUAUAUACAAAUACUUUUAUGUCUGCCAGUACUGCCCCAUGGGGAAUAUACAAAGUUUAAUUCAGACACCCUACAAAAAAGGAGAACCCUGUGGUGAUUGCCCUAAUUCUUGUGAGAACGGAUUAUGCA